CGGCUCCCAGGUUCAGACUAGCUGACCCGGUGUCGGAACAACCUCCUCGUGGGCACGGGCCUGGGCGCUCCCAGCGUGACACGCCGCCGGGCAGGGUGAGCCCGGGAGCAGCCUCCAGCCCAGCCGGACAGCCGAGGGGGAGCCCCUCCCGUGUGGCGGCGCGAACAGCCCGCGGAGCCCGGGCCCCGCUGCGCCCCCGUCAGCCCUGCGCCGCCGCUGCCCGCUCUCCGAUGAGCGCCGCCGCCCUGUACAGCCUGGACUCCCCGGCAUGCUACAGGAACUGGUCCCUGGAGCCGGCCAACUUCUACGACACUAAGGCGGGCGGCGGCGGGCUGAGCCCCUCCUGCAAGCCCGGGAGCGGCGGCAUGAGCGCCGAGGAGCAGGGGGGCGGCAGCAGCAGCCUGGCCGAGCUGAGCGCCGCCGCCCCGGCCAUGUACGAGGACGAGAGCGCCAUCGACUUCAGCUCCUACAUCGACUCCAUGUCGGCGGUGCCCAACCUGGAGCUGUGCAACGACGAGCUCUUCGCCGACCUCUUCAACAGCAACCACAAGGCGGAGCGGGGCGGCGACUACGGCGAGUACCUGCCGCCGGCGGGCCGCGACCCCGCCAAGGACUUCGGCGGCGCCCUGCUGGGUGGCGAGCCUCGGCCCGGCUCCUCCUCCGCCCCGCGGGCCGCCCUGAAGCGGGAGCCGGACUGGAGCGACAGGGACCUCUCCGCCUCCCUGCUGCCCUCGCAGGUCGCCACCUGCGCCCAGACCAUCAUGAACCUGAGCGGGCAGCCCACGCCGCCCACCUCGCCCGAGCCCGCGGGCAGCAGCUCGCCGUCCAGCUGCAGCACCAGGUCCCCCUCGUCGUCCUCCUCCUGCGGGCAGGGGGCGGCGGCGGGCAAAGAGCGGAGCGGCAAGAAGUGGGUGGACAGGUUCAGCCCCGAGUACCGGCAGCGCCGGGAGCGCAACAACAUCGCCGUGCGCAAGAGCCGCGACAAGGCGAAGCGCCGCAACCAGGAGAUGCAGCAGAAGCUGCUGGAGCUGUCGGCCGAGAACGAGAAGCUGCACAAGAAGAUCGAGCAGCUGAGCCGGGACUUGACCAGCCUCCGGCACUUCUUCAAGCAGCUGCCUGGCGCCUCCUUCCUGCAGCCCGGCUCGGGCACCGACUGCCGGUAACUCAGUGGGCAGGGACGCGAGGGACUGUGACUGCCUUAUCCUACCAAUACCUCAGAGACCUCCACGGAGCAGCCGCGCUGCAGAGGCGGGACUGGCCUACCUGCGGCGGGGACGGUGCCUCAGGACUGCGGAGGGGGCCGCCGCCGCUGCUCGGCUCCCUAAGCGGCAUGAAGGGAGAGAGGAAGACAACAGUGAAAUUGUGCUGGAUUUCAGUUUCUUUUGAAUGUUGUAGCAAGAUUGGGCUAGGACCCUGGGUCUUUAACGGCCAAACUUGCAAAAAAAUUCUAGCGAGAGAGAGAGAGAAAAGGAAAAAAAGCUAAACUUUUGUGUUUUUUUCCCCUUAAAUUAUUUUUGUAAUAGUUGUUUUUGUUCUUUCUACAAUUUACUCAUAUUGAUGCAGCUAUGGUACAUUUGUAAAAAUGAUUCAAAAAACCCUCUUUAUACUGUAGAUAGUAGGAGGAAAAAGACUGAGCAUGCUCAACCUUUUAUAUCAAUUUUUACAGCAUUUCUAAAAAUAAAAAAGCAUUUUUAAUCA